AUGAUGAUGUACUGGCGUCUGUUACUUGUUCACGUAUCAGUGAUUCUCGUGGUCCUCACGCCAAUAAAUACAACGGGAAUACCCGAGAUUGCAUCGUACGCAAAAGUAUCUAGGAGUUGUGUGAAAAGUUCAAAUUCACCGAUAACCAGCAGUGGAGGAGUUGUAAGCGAAGGGCGAAGUUACCAGGCUUCACCGGUUUAUGUGCCUUCGAAGAGCCAGAAACUUCGGAAUGGAGAAGCUCAGGAUUUCGCACCGAGUCAACAGUACUCAACGCUUGAUGAAGAUAUGCUGUCUAAUUUGGACGCGAGGAAGUUGAAGAAACAAGCGCAGGACAGGUUUCAUCCACCAGCUCCGUUUGAGCAUAGUGUAGCGCAUUCGAAUAAAGUAAAGUAUCAACAGGCUGAUGGCCCACCUGACGCGUCCGAGUUUUCGGACUCUCCGGGGGCUGCAGCAGCUGUGUCAUCGGGGGGUUAUACUACUUUGCCUAAGGAUGUGUACUCAGAUAGCUACGAGUACCCACUGACAUCGAAGCCGAAGGAUACAUUACCGUCAAUCACGAUUGAUGACUAUUCACCGAACAAUUAUAAUCCAAAGCCAGUUGACUCUUACCCACCGUCGCAAACCUCGUAUUCAGCUCAACAGGUGCCCAGUUACCUCGAGAGAUACCCAGAUAAGCCCGAUUACCCCGGGCCUGAUUCAUCCUUCGAUGACGCAUCCUACUCACACGAUCACGAUCAUUACCCCCAUGACAUCAUCUACGAUCACCCACCGCACGAUUAUCACCACGACUUCACCACAACAACCACCGAGGAACCAGAAAUGAACGAUCAGAGAUUGAAUAAACGACCUUAUUCUUAUUACUACAUUGGAAAGAAACUGUGGUAUCUUCCCCUUUACUUCAGCAUUUACUUCAUCAUUUAUAUCGCCGCUCUGGUGCUCAAGAGCAUCGCCAGACAUAAAAUCAAUUUCCCCCAACAACUGGCGGAAGCGGCUGGGGCGAAUGGUAGGCACAUGGGGCAGGACGGGCCUGGGUGGUGGGAUCUGACGCAGAGGGUGCUCAAUGGAAUCGACGCGUUUGCCAGUGGAAUUCAUGAGAAAAAUAGAGGAACUAUUGAACGAUGAGACUGUA